ACAAUUGAUUUAGAGGGGUUCAAGCUGUUCAUGAAGACUUUUCUGGAGGCAGAGCUACCAGAUGAUUUCAUUGAGCAUCUUUUUACAUCAUUUAGCAACAAAAUCUCUCACUGCAGCCCAUUAAUAAAAAACAAACCCCAGCACCUUUCUGGAGUUAAGGUGUCUGAAGAGAGAUGGAAACAGAUGCCAGGUCUGAGACUUAACAAAGGUACCUCUACAUCCCGACCUCCUACUCCUGCCAACUUACAUUUACCAGACGUGAUUCAGCUGAAAGAUAUUGUUUGCUAUUUGUCACUGCUAGAAAGAGGAAGACCUGAAGACAAGCUAGAAUUUAUGUUUCGCUUAUAUGAUACAGAUGGGAAUGGAUACCUGGAUAGUUCGGAGCUGGAAAAUAUCAUUGCUCAAAUGAUGCAUGUUGCAGAAUACCUUGAAUGGGAUGUUACUGAACUAAGUCCAAUCCUUCAUGAAAUGAUGGAAGAAAUUGACUAUGAUCAUGAUGGCACUGUUUCUCUAGAAGAGUGGAUCCAAGGAGGAAUGACGACAAUCCCGCUCUUGGUCCUUCUUGGGCUAGAGAAUAAUGUGAAAGAUGAUGGGCAGCAUGUAUGGAGACUGAAACACUUUAACAAGCCUGCCUACUGUAAUCUUUGUUUGAACAUGCUAAUCGGAGUAGGCAAGCAAGGUCUUUGCUGUUCUUUUUGCAAGUAUACAGUCCAUGAGCGCUGUGUCUCAAGAGCUCCUGCAUCUUGCAUCAAAACAUAUGUGAAGUCCAAAAAAAAUACUGAUGUAAUGCACCAUUUCUGGGUAGAAGGAAAUUGUCCAACAAAAUGUGAUAAGUGUCACAAAACUAUAAAAUGUUACCAAGGCUUGACGGGACUUCACUGUGUUUGGUGUCAGAUCACAUUGCAUAACAAAUGUGCUUCACAUCUAAAACCCGAAUGUGACUGUGGACCUUUGAAGGACCAUAUUUUGCCACCCACAUCAAUCUGCCCAGUGGUAUUGACGCUACCCACCUUAGGAGGUUUGCUCCCUGAGGAAAGACAGGCAACAGUGAAAAAAGAAAAGAGUUGUCCCCAGCAAAUGAACAAACUAGGAGAACGGAACAAAAUGCAAAGAGCAAAUUCCGUCACCGUAGAUGGACAAGGUCUUCAGAUCACUCCAGUUCCAGGCACUCAUCCACUUUUAGUUUUUGUCAAUCCUAAAAGUGGUGGGAAACAAGGAGAAAGAAUUUAUAGAAAAUUUCAGUACCUUUUAAAUCCUCGUCAAGUUUAUAGUCUUUCUGGAAAUGGACCAAUGCCAGG